UCACAGUUUUCACGAACAAGAAGGAAAACAACAUAUUUCUCAUAAUUAAUCUUUGCUGCUCUUCUUGGUUUGAUCAGAUUUAAUUCGUGUACAAAUGGUUUUUUGGAGAAGAAGAAGAAGCGCCAGCCAUGCCGGCAACAAGCAUCCCGACGUAGAGCUGGUGAUCCCGAAUCAUUUCCGAUGCCCGAUAUCUCUUGAUUUGAUGAAGGAUCCGGUGACAUUGUCUUCUGGGAUUACAUAUGAUCGCGAAAGCAUCGAAACCUGGCUUGAAGCUGGGAAUUUUAUCUGCCCGGCAACGAAUCAGGUUCUGAGGAGUUUUGAUCAGAUUCCUAACCACACUCUCAGGAAAAUGAUCCAAGAGUGGUGCGUGGAGAAUCGAAAUUACGGAGUUGAACGCAUCCCAACACCCAGAACACCGGUCACGCCCAUCGAGGUCUCCGAUAUUCUUUUAGCCGUCAAAGCUUCGGCGCGGCGCGUGGAGCAACAGAGGUGCUUAGAAUUGGUUCAGACAAUUGAGAGAUGGGGUGCCGAGAGUGGACGUAAUAGGCGCUGCAUCGUUGCAAAUGGAGCGGCGGCUACAUUAGCCGCCGCAUUUGAUGCAUUUUCAAAUGACUCUGUUUCGAGGAAUUCCAGAGUGUUGGAAGAGAUAUUGUCGGCACUGAUCUGGAUGUUUCCAAUUGAUGAAGAAUCCCAGAAGUCCUUGGGAUCUUUAGCUUCUUUACGUUGCAUGGUCUGGUUUUUGAGCUACAGAGAUAUUUUACCAAAGCAAAACUCCAUAAUAGCAUUGAAAGAGCUUAUUUCUUGUGAUCAACAGCUUGUGGAGAAGCUGUCGGAUAUUGAGGGAAUCAAUGAAAUACUAGUUGAGCUCGUUAGAAAGCAAAUCUGUCAAACUAUUACAAAAGCUUCGCUCAUGGUAAUUUUCCACCUGGUUUCUUCUUCCAGCGAGAAUAUCAAAUUAGCAUUUGUUAAGAUGGGUUUUGUUUCUUCACUAGUGGAGAUUAUUUUUGACUCCGAGAAAAGCAUAUGUGAAAGGGCAUUGGGUGUGUUUGACGGGCUUUGCAGCUGCAAAGAAGGGAGAGAAGAGGCUCAAAGUAAUGCCCUGACAGUGCCGGUGUUGGUGAAGAAAAUCAUGCGGGUGUCGGAGUCGGCGACUGUGUAUUCAAUAUCUGCCAUUCUGAAGCUCUGCAAAUAUGGAAGAAGGAAUGAAGGAAGAGUUCUGGUAGAGGCUCUUCAAGUUGGUGCCUUUCAGAAGCUCUUAUUAGUCAUUCAGGUUGGUUGUGGAGAUGGAACAAAGGAGAAAGCAACUGAGCUUCUCAAACUGUUGAAUCCUUACAGAGCUGGUUUGGAAUGCAUUGAGUCUGUAGAUUUCAAGAAUCUCAAAAGGUCCUUUUGAAAUUGUGAAAAGAACUUCUUUAUAUUUUUAGUAUUUUCUUGUUACAAUCCAGUCUACUCCGGAAUGGAACUAGUACUACUUUGUUGGAAUAAGGAUCACGGCAAUUACUUGAUCGAAUUGUUAGCAACAUGAACAAAUAAUGUGAGAUACCUUAUAUGGGACUCACCUGUCAAAUUGCUAACAAUUCGGACAGGUAAUAAGAGUGGAUCAGGAUCCCAAUCUAUUUUGUUAUAAACCGUGCCAAAGCGGUGCAAACCUGGCAUGUGGAAGGAGUAGUGAAAUUAGGGUUUAUUUCUUUCCUCGUAACAAAGUAACUUUAAUUUUUAUUUUUUUUCAGCCUAUAUAUGUAUCAGAUCUCAAUUUUGAGGUUUCAAGUUUUAUUCAAUAACAAAGUGAAAGUGUCAAGAUUUUUCAUCA